AUGAGCCCUGCCAUGGCCACAGGUAUUGCACUCCCCAGUACCAGCUCCUCGCUGUUCAACAUCCCCAAACUUGCUGAAGAUGGCUCAAAUUGGAUUACCUACAAGGAGAGAACAUUGACUGUGAUUGGUGCUCAAGGUUUGAUGCACUAUGUCAAUGGUCACGCAGAUAAACCCAAGGCUUUCACCAUCAAUGCUACAAUGGGUCUACCAUGUUAA